AUGGCCGAUGCUGCCUUGGCUCCUGUUGCUGCAACGAAGAUUCCCGAACUCAACGUCAAAACACUUUUGCUGCGUUUCUACCACUGUGUCGCGUGUCUGUACAAGCAUUUGGGUGCAGUUCAGCCGCGUGUCAUCGCCCUGAUGCUACGGCACUUGUACCGAUUGCAUUACAGCAGGAGCAAUGCUGAUUGCGACUUGUAUUGGCACGAGGCGCAAGCUGCAUCGGGAGGGUGCGAGGUUCUAGUGUCGAAGAACUUCACCCGGUACUUUGAAGAUCAGUGGCUCGGAGGGGACUGUUGCAAUCGGCAGGUGUACCACACCCCACCAAGCUUUCCAAGCACUUCGAAGACAUUUACACGCAACGGCCGACAAGGGGCGUUGCGCUAG